AUGGCGGAGGAGAGCCAGGCGCCGCGCUACGUGAAGCUCACCCGGGACCAGGAGGCGCCCGCCGAGGACAUCUGCCCCGGCGAGCUCAACCAGCCCGUCCACGUCCCACGGCCCGGGUGCAGAUGGUGCGCCGAGUGCGGCCAGGUCCUGCCGGAGUCCUACCAGCUGCCGGCCGACGAGCCCUGGAGCACCGGAAUCUUCGGAUGCACCGCCGACCCCGCGAUCUGCCGAACUGGAUGCUUCUGUCCAUGCGUGUUGUUCGGGCGCAAUGUUGCGGCUCUUAACGAGGAUACCCCAUGGACAGCACCGUGUGUUUGCCAUGCCGUCUUUGUGGAAGGAGGGAUCGCCCUUGCGAUCCUGACAGCAAUAUUCCAUGGGGUUGAUCCAAGAUCGUCGUUUCUUAUUGGAGAAGGUCUACUGUUCAGCUGGUGGCUGUGUGGUACCUAUACCGGCAUUUUCCGUCAGGAGCUCCAGAAAAAGUACCAUCUCAAGAACUCGCCAUGCGACCCUUGUAUGGUCCAUUGCUGCCUGCACUGGUGCGCAAACUGCCAGGAGCAUCGCGAGAGGAGGGGCCGCCUCGUGGAAAGGGAGGAUGGAGUGCAGAUGACCAUCGUCGACGCGCCUCCGGUGGAAGAGAUGGGCAUGCCAAGAGAAUCGUCGUGCUGCCUCUGA